AUAAAAACAAAUGUUUAAACUCGGGGAGAACCAUUUACAAUCUGUCAUUAAGACUUUGAGUGAAAUAAAAAAAAAAAAAAUUAACUAAAUAAAUAAAAACAUGAAGUGCAUUCUUUUGUGCUGUGUUCUCGCUUUUUGUGCCUUGCAAACAAGUUCCGCAGACAGAUUGAUGGACCAACUGUGGAAAUUGCAAUUUCGUGCAAUGGAGGAAAUAAACGCUAUUACAAAUCCAAUUAUGUCUCAAAUUCGGGGAGACGUUGAAACUGCAAAAUCAAGUGGAAAAAAUGCUGAACCUUGCUAUGAGAGAGGAAGACUCUUAAUGAAAUCAUAUGUUGAUCCAAGUUUCUCUGGAUUGAGAAAAUGUCGAACUGAUGCCCAUGCAGCCAACAGCGUUUCGUUGGCAAUAUCCUGCAACAAUAAUAUUGUCUCUCUUUUCCGUUCAAAUGCACAAACAGUGCGUCCAGUCUCCACUUCAUGCAUUGCGAGUCUCUAAAAAAUUUAUUAAUUCACAUUUAAUAAAUUACAAAACUGUUUUUAAAAUGAUUUCUCCACUUGAUUUUUGUAAAAU